AUGGCAUCCCUUCGUGCCAAGAACAAGGUCAAGUUUAUCAAUGGUAAGCUUCCACAACCAGAUCCCGAAGAUGACGAUUAUGAUUCUUGGUGUCGCUGCAACAGUAUGGUGAUCUCUUCGAUUCUACAUGCUGUCUCUCGUGAUAUUGCUGAUAGUAUAAUGUACUUGGAUGAUGCUACUACCAUUUGGAAUGAACUCCAUGAUCUGUUCCAUCAGAACAAUGACCCUCAUGUUUUUCAGGUCAAGCCAUAUAUGAAGGGCCUUGCUCGGGUCUCCAAUGAUGUCACCACUUACAUUAUUUGUCUCAAAGCUCUUUGGAAUCUCUGCAAGGAGUUUCGCCCACUACAUGUUUAUAGUUGCGGCGCAAUGAAGACCUUCAUAGAAUAUCAGCAACAAGAUCUAGUUUUUGAAUUCCUGGUUGGGCUAAAUGAUUCUUACACGGCUAUUCGAUCUCAGAUCUUGAUGCAAGAUCUGCUCCCCAACAUUAACAAGGUGUAUGCCACAGUGAUUCAAGAAGGGUGA